AGUAUUCCAAGAACAUCGGAAUAUAACAGGCAUGGAUUCUGAUAGUGAUGCAUCCAUCGUCAGUGGAACAACAAAGCACAGUGGCAAAGACUCCCCUGAUCUGACAAUCAGUUUUUUGAAUAAAAUAGGCAGCGAGAAUCCUCAAAAUGAAAUCAGUGCCUGUGGUGAUGUCAAUUCUCCUAUAAUUCCUGUAGCAAGAUCAAAAUUUCGUAAUGUAAUUGACGACCCUGUGUACUGCAGUCCACUGAAAAAGAAAAGGCAAGCCACAGCUGAUGAGGAAUCUGACCCGGAAUCUUGUUGUUCCCAGUCCAUCCUUACAAACUACAAACAGAAGGCUUUUACACAAGCUAAAUCUUGGGAGGCUCAAGAUGGGAAUCCGGUUAAAAAUCCAGUUGUACAGAACAAAACAAAGAGACAAGAGGAUUCCAAUCAUGUGAAGCAAUUAGAAAAUGUAUUUGUUGUGUCACAGGAUUCAGAUGUAACAAGAAUCAGCUCUACAGACAAUAGCCAACAAGAAAAUGAAAAUCAAAGAUUGCAUUCAAAAGAGACAACACAAAAGAAAAGAGUAAGAGAGCAGGAAAAACCCAAACAAUCUGAAGAGGAGAUAUGUGAUCUACAGAUUUCACAGAUGGGAGGAUCACAGCUGUUGUUUCCUGAUACCCAGAGUUCUACCAAAAGCAUGGAGAAGCAAGUAGUCCAAUGUUCUCAGACUUCGAGUGGCAUGUCAACAGCUUCCAGUAAUCUGAACAGUCUGGAUAGCAUCUUGACAAAGGAGCAAAUGGAGGAGGCAUUCAUGAAGAUCAGAAAAAUCCACACCCAAAUUGAAAAGAAUAUUAGAGACAAAAAUGUCACUGAAGAGUGUAGAGAAAGCUUUGAGAAAAAGUUAGCUGUUGUGCACAAGUCCUUGAAGAACAUCAGUGAGAAAAUGAGUUAUGAAAAGGUUAAAAUAACGUUUGAUGUGAAGCACUCGGUGAAAACCGUUGAAUCCAGAAAUAAGCUGCGAGAAGAGAUGAAGGAUCUAACACAGAGGCAGACAACCCUUAAGAAGUUGUUAGUGAAGCAAGCUGAGUUAACAAAAUACUUAAAACUAAACCCAGGCAACUUAACAGAAAACCAGUCUCAGGAAACGAAAACAAAAAACAAGUCUAGUCCUUUUUCAAGUAAGGUUAAUGACUGGAUGAACAAAAAUCAAGUUCCAAGGAGGAGAGAUUCUCUGGAACAGUCCUCCAGUAUCCCUAAAACCAGUUCAGUUGAAGAGUGCUCUAGUGGUGUGAAGGCAAUUUGGACAGUACCAAAGGAGAGGUCUGAAACAAAAAGUACAGGAAAUACUCAGGUUGCACAACCUAAGACGAUACCAGCAGUACUAUCAAAUGCUAAAAGCCUGGAAAAGACUUCAAAUGUAAAGCAACCAAAUCCUGUACUUUCCAACAAGAAAGUAGAGAGUACCCAGCCACUAUCAAGUGAAAAUUCUUCUACUGUAAUUUAUGUGUAUCCCAACCCCUCAAACAGCAGUCUUGUAUCCAACAUGGCAGCAACAAGUACAGGUAUAAUGUCACAAAAGCAAAGCGCAGUGACAGCAUCUACUCCUUCACUCUCUCCAAGUAGUACUAGGACCUCUCCAAGUAGUACAAGGAAUGCAUCUCAAAUGAAGAAUUCAUCACAAAUUUUUCGGAGACCAUCAGAGAUAAUAAAAUCACCACCGCUAUUCAACCCAGACUCUUUUCUAAGAAAAACUAUGAAAUCUCCCCCAGUUCAGUCUCAAAAUAGAUUAUCCUUCAGGUCGCCUCCCAUAUCUCUCCUGAGGUCUGUCCAGGAUAAGAACAUAUCCCCCAGCACAGUGUGUUCCAGUGACGUGUUCCCUGUGUCCUGUAAAGAGCUGGGUCGGAGGAUCCAGGAAAGGAUUGCAAGUCAGAGAGAGGCUGAAACUCAACAGGCAUCCCAAAUGUUGUCUGCCACUUCAGAAAGAAGGAGAAGUGAAGAUUUGUUUUCUGAAAGGAAGGAUUUGGAUGGAGGGUAUAGACAAGAAGCUCAAAAGAAAGCUGUUUUAGUUAAAAACCAAGGACAGGCUGAGUCUGGUACCAAAUCAAAUGCUGCAAUAACAUGUAUAAAUCUGGAAGAAGAUGGCAGUGAGUCAAGAUACGAAAAGUUCGGAGGCUUAAAAUUUCCUCCUCUGAAAACUCUGAUAGAUUUAGCUGUACUGUUCCCUGCAGAGGAUAUUCUGACUGUUCAACAUUCAGGGAGAGUUUUCACAGCUUCCCUGACUGAUCAGGGUUACAUAGAGAGCAGAGGUGGGGAAAUCUUCACCACUCCAAUGAGGUGGCUCAGUGCUGUGAAGGCAGGGGAGAUAAUAAAGAAGGCACAGGCAUACAGAGAGGUCAUGUAUGAUGGUCAUUCACUAAAAAGUUACGUAGAGGGAGAACAUGAGACCUCAUUACAAAAUAUCCAAGGUAUAAAAACAAAAUCCACCAAUCAUAAAAGCAAAGACAUGGCAAAUGUUCAAGAAACAGAUAAUUUAGGAUCAUCAAAGCUUAUGAAUGAUGAGGACAAACAGCUUGCUGAUCUGCUUUUUCAAUGUAAGAUUCACUUGCUGGAUGAAUCGGACCUAAUUCCAAUGGAUGAUCUUCCAGAGAAUUUCUGGUGCAGUGAUUUCAGUAGUGUUCACCUGUCUCGUACUUUCUGGAAUCAAGUUAACGACUGGGAUGGUUUAGUACAACCUAUGUCACAAUACUAAGAAAGUUCUUAUUCAAUAACAUACACAUAUUUAUUGUAUAUAAAAUAUUUAUAUCACAGCAGAAAAAUGAAAGACAAUGGUAAU